AUGAGCUCUGCCGACCCAGACCUCGAAGCCGGCCCGGGCGAAAGCCCGUCGCCACCGCCUCAGCUCUCGUCCUUCCACGGCCGUCUACAGCUCCAAGACUUCAUGUACCAGUCCGCCGACGCUCCAGCCACGCCCCGACGCAGUCCUCGGCACCAAGCGGCCUCCGCAUCCGCUUCACCAUCCAUCCGCGCUACGCCCACAGUACGGAGCCGCGCUCGCGACGUCGCGUCACCCUCCUCCGCCACCAGCUCCUCCGCCUCGGGCAUCACCAAGCCCAAGCCCAAGCGGAAGAAGCGCCCCUCCCCGGGCUACGCGCCGCCCUCCACCUACGCGCACCUGCCGCUGCUCCCCGACGCCGUGUGCGCCAACCUGCUCGUCUUCUUCGUCGGCCUCAACCCGGGCCUGCAGACGGCGCGCACCGGCCACGCCUACGCGCACCCGACCAACACCUUUUGGAAGCUGCUGCACUCGUCGGGCAUCACGCCGCGGGCCUGCACCGCCGACGAGGACCGCCAGAUGCCGGAGCUCUACAGCCUCGGCCUGACCAACAUUGUCGCCCGGCCGAGCCGCAACGGCGCCGAGCUCAGCAGGCAGGAAAUGGACGAGGGCGUGGCGCUGCUCGAGGAAAAGGCCCGCACGUGGCGGCCCGAGUCCAUGUGCAUCGUCGGCAAGAGCAUAUGGGAGAGCAUCUGGCGCGUCCGCCACGGUGGCAAGGCCGUGGGAGCGAGCUUCCGGUACGGCUGGCAGGACGAGGCCGAGAACAUGGGCGUCGUGCAAGGCGAGUGGGAGGGCGCGAGGGUCUUUGUCGCCUCGAGCACCAGCGGGCUGGCGGCCACGCUGUCGCCGGCGCAGAAGCAGGAGAUUUGGAAUGAGCUCGGUGCUUGGGUCAAGAUGCGCCGCGCCGAGAGGGAGCUUGCCGCCGAGCGAGAGGCUGCUUCGAAUGGGUGA